AUGUCUAGGCUGUUUGAUCCAUUAGGACUGGUGAACCCUGUAAUUGUGAAGGCAAAAAUAUUUGUCCAACAACUGUGGAAGCUAAAAUUAGCAUGGGAUGAGUCACUGCCGAUUGAACAUCACACAGCUUGGGAAAAUUAUCGGAAGGAGCUUAAAGACAUAACACAAAUUAACAUUCCUCGGAGAGUUACAGUCAGCGACAGCAUUCAGAAUGAGCUUCAUAUAUUUUGUGACGCAUCCCAAGUUGCCUACGGAGCGUGUGCAUAUUUGCGAAGUGUGACAAAGAAGCAGGCAGCGACUGUGCAAUUGCUCAUAGCAAAGUCUAGAGUUUGCCCGGUGAAGGCAACAACUAUUCCACGUCUAGAGCUGUGUGCAGCAUUAUUGGCUGCUAAGUUGAUGACUAUCAUAUGUCAAGCAUUGAAGGAAGUUAUUUCGCUGGACAACGUAACAUUUUGGUCAGACUCGUCAAUAGUUAUUAGUUGGAUUCAAAGUGAUGAGCCAGGAAAUAGCUGGAACACAUUCAUUGCGAAUCGCAUUGAAGAAAUAAGAAAAUUAACCACUAACUAUUCAUGGAAACAUUCAGUGGUGGUCAGGGCCGCACUGGCUAGCAUUACUAGAGUCGGAAGGCCAACCAUAAUCAUCCGAGAAGAAGUAACUGAACUUACAGAACGACGCAAGGCGGUUACUGUCCUACAAGUUAGUGUGAACGAAACAAUUGAUUUUAUAGAUAUCCUUGGGAGGUUUUCAAAGUUAGAACGACUGUACCGAAGCACUGCAUAUUUGUUCCGCGGAGUAACAGUUAAGAACAAGCGAGUAAGUGGAGAAAUAACAGCCGAAGAAAUCGAGAAGAGUUCAAAAUUCUGGAUAAAUAUAAUUCAAAAUUCAUCGUUUAAGGCGGAAAUCUCUGAGUUACGUGCCAGACAAUCACUUUGCACGCACAAUAGCAACUUAAAUUCAUUAAGUCCUUUUGUAGAUACUCACGGAAUACUCAGAGUGGGUGGCCGAUUGCAAAACGCUAAUGAGCCAUAUGACGUACGACAUCCAAUACUUCUACCGGCUGACUCACAGCUAUCUCAGCUCAUCGUGGAACGUGAGCAUCGUAGGCUAAUUCACGCGGGUCUACAACACCUCAUUGCCAGCCUUAGAAGGCGUUACUGGAUAAUUGGGAUACGACGUGUAGUUCAAAAGAUCAUUUUUAAUUGUAAUCCAUGUUAUCGCUGGAAGGUUCAAGGUAGUCAACAAAUCAUGGGGUCACUGCCAACUGAACGUGUCAUUCCGUCAUCAGCCUUUCACAUAUGUGGCGUGGAUUAUGCUGGCCCGUUCAACAUGCGAUACGGUCCUCCACGUUCCAAACAAGUGUUCAAGUCUUACAUUGCAAUUUUCGUCUGUUUUUCGACUAAAGCAAUUCAUAUGGAAUGGGUUGACGAUCUUACUUCCGAUGCGUUUUUAGCUACAUUAAAGUGUUUCAUAGCAAGAAGGGGUAGUCCAUUAAAAAUCUAUUCAGACAACGGGCGGAACUUUGUAGGAGCUGCUGCACAGCUAAAAAAAUUCCUGGCAUCAACGGAUUUAAAAAAACACCUAAGCUCUUAUGCAGCUCAUUCAGGGAUAAGUUGGUCAUUUAUUCCACCUCAUGCUCCACAUAUGGGUGGUUUAUGGGAAGCGGGAGUGAAGUCAAUGAAAUUCCAUUUGCGCAGGAGUUUGGGAGAAACAACACUCAGUCAAAGAGAAGCCACAACAUUACUAGCGCAAAUUGAAGCUGUCUUGAAUUCACGGCCGUUGAUAGCAGCUUCUACUGACCCCAAUGACCUAGAAGCUUUAACCCCAGGACAUUUUCUUAUCGGAAGACCAUUAACAGCCAUUCCAGAGCCCUGUUAUUCGUCAAUCAAAACCUAUAAAGUAAGAUGGCAUAAGAUUCAGCAGAUCGUACAACAGUUCUGGCAACGGUGGCGAACAGAAUAUUUGCAAUCCUUACAAGUACGUAAUAAAUGGCAAAAGCCUAAACAAAAUUUACAAAUUGGAGACCUCGUACUUAUCCGAGAGGAUUUCGAAACUCCACUUGCUUGGCGAAGAGGAAGAGUUGUAGACGUUCAUAAAGGAAGCGAUGGAUUCAUUAGAGUAGCAACGAUUAAAACUCAUACUGGUGAAGUCAAACGGCCAGUGCAUAAACUUUGUUUGCUGCCUAACCAAGAAUCGAGAUCAUUAAACCCAUCAAGGGCUUAA